CACACGUGUUUAUCCGUACGUGAGUGUCACAGUGUGGGUGAAUCAGAACCGAAGAAACUCACGUCAAUGUUUUAUUACAUUUUAGCUUAAUAUAAGUUUAACAGUCUGUUAAAGGGACCGUGUUUAUUAUUCCGUCAAAUCAGCGCAAUCAAACAUGUUUUCAGAUCUUGAUCUGAUCGGAACUAUUGAUGAUGAUGAUAAUGUACCAGAAGAACCGGACUCAGCGACUGAUGAUGAAUCGGAACAGCCCAUUGUUUUGAGUAAAGAGAAGCGAGCACUGAAAGGUCGCAGCGCUGGAGAUUUCACUGCAGAUUUUGAGUUUGGCGAGAGAGAUGGUCUGUACUGUGAUGAUUGGGCGAUGGCUGAUGUGAUGGCUCAGCUGAAGAAGAGGAAAGCUCCCACGACUCUGGACCAAAAGAUUGAGAAAGUGCGAAAAAAGCGCAAGAUCGAGGAGAAAGCUCAGAAAGACGGCAAGAAGCCAGAAGCUUCAGUCUCCAAAGAGGAAGAUGACGAAGAAGCGGAGGAAAACAAGGAUGAUGAUGACGAAGAGAUUGAUGAUGAUGAUGGUAAUAAUGAAGCAGAUGCUGAUGAUGACUUGGAAGAUGAUGAGUUUUCAUCAGGUGAUGAAGAGGUCCUGAAAAAAGCAGACACUUUAAGAGAGAAACAGAAGAAAGGCAAAAAGAAAGCCACAGAAAUGCCUGAAGCAUUUUUUGAAGACGCCUCUCAUUAUGAUGAGAGCCUCACUUUCCAGGAGAUGAAUCUCUCUAGACCUUUACUGAAGGCGAUCACUGUUAUGGGCUUUAAACAGCCCACUCCCAUUCAGAAAGCCUGUGUGCCUGUGGGGCUGAUGGGAAAAGAUAUCUGUGCAUGUGCAGCUACUGGAACUGGUAAGACUGCAGCCUUUAUGUUGCCGGUUUUGGAGCGUUUGAUCUACAAGCCCAGAGAGAUGCAGGUGACACGAGUGUUGGUGUUAGUGCCAACCAGAGAGCUGGGCAUACAGGUGCACACUGUGACCCGACAGCUGGCACAGUUCACCAGCAUCAUCACAUGCCUGGCAGUCGGUGGGUUGGAUCUUAAGUCUCAGGAGGCGGCGUUGAGGGCGGGGCCUGAUGUCCUUAUUGCCACACCUGGACGGUUAAUCGACCAUUUGCACAACACGCCAUCGUUUGAACUGACUCAGAUUGAGAUUCUCAUCCUGGAUGAAGCCGACAGGAUGUUGGAUGAAUACUUUGAAGAGCAGAUGAAGGAGAUCAUCAGGAUGUGCUCGUAUCAGAGACAGACGAUGCUGUUCUCCGCUACCAUGAGCGAAGAGGUGAAAGAUUUGGCAUCCGUAUCGCUGAAGCAGCCUGUGAGGAUCUUUGUGAACAGUAACACCGAUGUGGCUCCGUAUCUCAGACAAGAGUUUGUGAGGAUUCGACCGGCCAAAGAAGGAGAUAGAGAAGCUAUUGUUGCAGCUCUCCUGACGAGAACGUUUCAGGAUCACGUGAUGCUCUUCACUCAGACUAAGAAACAAGCUCACCGGAUGCACAUCCUGCUAGGGCUGAUGGGGUUAAAGGUCGGGGAGCUUCACGGAAACCUGUCUCAAACUCAAAGAUUGGAGAGUCUCCGGCGAUUUAAAGAUGAGCAGAUUGAUAUUUUGGUCGCCACAGAUGUCGCUGCCAGAGGUCUGGAUAUAGAGGGAGUCAAAACGGUAAUAAACUUCACGAUGCCCAACACGGUGAAGCAUUACGUGCACAGGGUGGGCCGAACGGCUCGUGCGGGUAAAAUCGGGCGAUCUGUGUCUCUCGUGGGUGAGACGGAAAGGAAGAUGCUGAAAGAGAUCGUUAAAAAAGCCAAAACGGCCGUCAAAGCGCGAGUGAUUCCUCAAGAGGUGAUUCUGAAGUUCCGUGAUCUGAUUGACAAGUUGGAGAAGGACGUGUACGCCGUGUUGCGUUUAGAGAGAGAGGAGAAAGAGAUGGUUCAUUCAGAGGCGCAGAUCAGCUCGGCUCAGAAGAGAUUAACACAGGGUGCAGACGAGAAACAAUUGCCUAGGACGUGGUUUCAAACACACGCAGAGAGAAAGAAUGAUCGCAUGUCUAAAGCGCUGCAGGAUUUCGAUAUCGCUCUGAGAGGGAAGAAGAAACGCGCCGAGUUCCUGAAACAGGGCAAAAAGAAAGUAUUAACGGCUGAAGAGCGAGCGCAGUUCGAGGUGUUGAAGUCUCAGAUGUACGCUGAACGAGCAGCUAAACGUAACAGCAAACAGAAGCGAGCCCGAGCCAUCCCAGAAGAUGAGCCAGUGAAGAAAGCUUCAAAACAAAAUGGAAAAUCCGGGAAGACGUCAAUGUUUGACAAGGAGCUCACGGACACUAGCAAAAAAGUUCUGAAGCAGUACAGAGCCGGACCGUCUUUUGAAGACCGGAAGAGACUCGGCAUUCCAAACAAGAAAGGUGGACGCUUCAAAUCAAAAUCCAAGUUCAGAAGAAAGUGAAACUUUGAGAUCAUCAAAGUUGUUCAUCCGAACAUCAGUCUUAGUAUUUUCCCCGAUAUAAACUGUUCAAAUAAAAAACUAUAGACACCU